UUCUUAUAAAAAUUAGGUUUCCCUAGCUCUUCGCUAUAUAUCUCCUUCCUCUUCAAGAUCACAUUUCUCUUCUUUUUGAUUUUGACAAGCAGCGACUUCUCAAUCGACCGAUCUUUCUCUCUAAAAAAACAACAACCCUAACUCGAUCUUUCUCGUUUGAAGGAAAUCGUUCAACAAGUUUCUCCAUGGCUGCUAAGAGCUCGUUUAAGCUGGAACACCCCCUAGAGAGGAGACAGGCUGAAGCUGCUCGCAUCAGGGAGAAGUAUCCUGAUAGAAUUCCUGUGAUUGUGGAGAAGGCUGAGAGGAGUGACAUUCCUGAUAUCGAUAAGAAGAAAUACCUAGUUCCUGCUGAUUUGACUGUUGGACAGUUUGUUUAUGUGGUUCGAAAGAGGAUCAAGCUUAGUGCUGAGAAAGCCAUAUUCAUCUUUGUUAAGAACAUUCUUCCACCCACAGCUGCUAUGAUGUCUGCAAUCUAUGAGGAAAACAAGGAUGAAGAUGGGUUCCUGUACAUGACUUACAGUGGGGAGAACACAUUUGGGUUUUAACUGCAAUGCCAGGUAACACUAUGAGGCCUGGGGAAAGUAAAGGAAAACACGUUCUUGUAGAUAAGACCGACGAACAAGAAGUUGUAAAUUCUUAUGCAUCCAUUUAGUUCUGCUCAGACAGUGCUUUUUUCUUUUUUCCUUUAAGAUGUUUAUAAGGGAUCUAUGAAUAUUAUUUAGUAUCACUUGUUACUACUUCCUACCUUCUCAGGUUUAAUUGAUGUUUUCGUUAUGAACUGCAAAUUGAUUGUUUCAA